CAGAAACCCUCCCCACAAAUCCACGGCUCAGCAGGAUCCCGUUCCUGUGCAAAGAUCCAACCCCUGGUUCAAAGGCCGGUCUGCUGAGGAGCUGGGUCGCCUUCAGGGAAAGCAAACCGGUUCAGCAGAACAUCAGAUGGUUGGAGGUGUCGGUCCAGAGGGAUGGCCAGAGCUUCCAUCCCAGCCUUCCAAUCAAGCUCCAAACCGGUGGCAACCAGAAAGACCAGCAGUCAGAUGUCUUCGGAGACAGUGGGAGACCUGCAGUACAGAGCCACGGCCACCAGGGGACAGCAGAGUGUUUGACUUCUCAGUGAUGUCCUACAACAUCUUGUCUCAGGAGCUUCUGCAGGAUAACGCCUAUCUGUACCGACACUGCGACCCUACCGUGCUGCCCUGGCAGUACCGACUACCCAACCUGCUGGCUGAGAUCCAAAAGUACAACGCUGAUAUUCUGUGUCUGCAGGAGGUCCAAGAGGACCACUAUGAGAACCAGAUCAAGCCAGCACUACACGCUUUAGGUUACCAGUGUGAAUAUAAGAAGCGGACAGGAAAGAAACCGGAUGGCUGCGCCGUCAUCUUCAAAACCUCCCGCUUCUCCCUUCUCUCCUCCACCCCGGUGGAGUUCUACCGGCCCGGCGACGCCCUCCUGGACCGGGACAACGUGGGAAUGGUGGUCCUGCUGCAGCCCAGCGGCGCCGCCGUCCAGUCCGAUCCAUCCCCCUUUGUGUGCGUGGCCAACACUCACCUCCUCUACAACCCCCGCCGCGGUGACAUCAAACUGGCUCAGCUGGCCAUCCUAUUGGCUGAGAUCGGCCGACUGUCCCGCCUCCCUGACGGCUCUAGCAACCCGGUGGUUCUGUGCGGGGAUUUCAACUCUGCACCGUGGAGUCCGCUGUACCGGUUCCUGACCACGGGCUGUCUGGAGUACCAAGGAAUGCAGAUCGGACUGGUGUCGGGUCAGGAAACCAGCCCCAAAGGUCAGCGCGUCCUGACGUCUCCCAUCUGGUCUCGCAGUCUGGGAAUCAGUCAGCAGUGCCAGUAUGAGAGCAGACAGGCGAAGGCGCCUUCUCCAAGCAGCCCCACAGCUGUAGAUGGAGGAAUGUCUAACCUGACCGUAGACGAUCCGGCCUCCAGAGCCUCUGCUGAAUUCAACAGCUCAAGGAUUGAGCAUAAAUUAAGGCUGCAGUCGUCCUAUGGGCACCGCCUGAUGCCCGACGGGCGACCUGAGAUCACCACCUGUCAUUCACGCACAGCCCUGACGGUAGAUUACAUCCUCUACAGCUCAGAUGUAAAUGCAACCCCUUCACUUCCUGGUGGGCGUGGCCUCCAACUGCUGGGCAGGUUGUCAUUGGUUGGACAGUCGGAGCUGGAGGAAGUCAGCGGUCUGCCAAACGGGCAACACUCCUCCGACCAUCUUCCUCUUCUCGCCCGCUUUCGGCUGCGCUGCUGAUGUUUGUGGACCCGGUCCGUCACAUGGUGCCAGCAGAACCACAGAGGGGAAAUUUAGUUAAAUUUUAUUUUAUUUUUUUGAGGAAUUGAAUUCUGGCAGCUGGAAAUGAAGGAGGAAUUAAAUUAGAAGUAACCCCAAGAAA